CAGUGGGAGGCACGAGGCCAGGUUCACUAUAGCUGGGAGGAGAGAGACACUGGGUACUCACCCACUCAUUCGAAUCACAUAGCGGAGAGCUCACAACCACCACCUCUCCCUAUCUUGGACAAAGCAUAAAAGGACAUCCCUUCGCCCAGGAGAAGCGGUGCAAUUUCAUCGAAGAGCUCACGCAUAAAGCAUUUUUUUCUCAAUUACAAAUCCCAGGUCCGUGAGGUGUGUGCGAUCGUUCCCAGCAGAAGGAUGAGCAGCUUUGAUUUGGUUGAGCUGCUGGACACUUGGGAGGACCUGAACCUCACGGGUCUCCUGGAGAACGGGACGCGUGUGGAGAUGGUCGGGUGUCCAACAGCGUUCGACCGCAGCGCCCUGCUCCACUCCAUGUGCAUCCUUUACAUCUUCAUCUUCGUGGUCGGUUUGGCCGCCAAUGGCCUCGUCCUCUGGGUCAAUGUCCGCUCCCAGCGCACCACCUCCAGCUCCUCCCCUCGCCAUGAGACCCACCUCUACAUCGCCCACCUGGCGGCGGCUGACCUGUGCGUGUGCGUCACGCUGCCCGUGUGGGUGAGUUCCCUGGCGCAGCAUGGCCACUGGCCCUUCGGCGAGGUGGCGUGUAAGCUCACCCACCUGCUCUUCUCUGUUAACCUCUUCAGCUCCAUCUUCUUCCUGGCCUGUAUGAGUGUCGACCGCUACCUGAGUGUAACACGGCCCGCUGACAGUGAGGAUGGGGGCCGACGCCGGAAGCUGAUUCGCCGCAGCGUGUGCGUAGGGGUGUGGCUCCUGGCUCUGGUGGCCUCCCUGCCCGAUACCUACUUCCUGCAGGCGGUGAGGUCAUCACACGGGGAGGUAGUGCUGUGCAGGCCGGUGUACCCAGAGGAACACUCCAGGGAGUGGAUGGUGGGAGUUCAGCUGAGCUUCAUCCUGCUUGGUUUCGUCCUACCCUUCCCUGUCAUCGCUCUGGCCUAUGCCCUCCUGGCCCAAGCCCUCUCCUCCACCUCCUGUUCCUCCUCGGCGAUGGAGCAGGAGCGUCGUGUGAGCCGCAGGGUGAUCCUGGCCUAUACCGUGGUAUUCCUGGGCUGUUGGGGGCCCUACCACGGAGUGCUCCUGGCCGAUGCCCUCUCUCUGCUGGGCCUGGUUCCUCUGAGCUGUGGGCUGGAGAACGCCCUCUACGUGGCGCUGCACCUCACCCAGUGUCUGUCCCUGCUCCACUGCUGCUUCAACCCCAUCCUCUACAACUUCCUCAACAGGAACUACCGCUAUGACCUGAUGAAGGCCUUCAUCUUUAAGUACUCCACACGUACAGGCCUGACCAGGCUCAUAGAGCAGCCCCACAUUUCUGAGACAGAGUACUCUGCCGUCGCCGUGGAGAACCCACCACAGAUCUGAGACUGAACUCUAGAGCACACCCUGGAACUUCAGAACACACCACACUCUAGAACAUAGUCUGUCCACCUGACCCAAAAUUAUUGAAAUUACCUAAAAUGCAGUAACCCAUGAUAACCUAUAUAGGCUAAAUUUGGGCCAUCACAAAGAGCAAAAUGAAAUAUGUGUCUUAACAACUAGAGCAUAACAAAUAACCUUUCCCAAAGCCUAGGCUGUACACAAACUUCAUCACUGCCACAAGUUUGUGUGCCCUCAUCUGAAGCAAACCAAACAUUAUUUAUAAUCCAACAUUCCCCUCACAGAAACUACCUGUGUAUUUGUCCUGCUACCAUACGUUCCUAAUAAGGAUGGUGUGAGGGACUGCAGUUGCAGGCCAUUAUCAACUCAAACUAAUGAUGUCUGGAGAAAAGCACUUAUAUUGAGUGGAAGAGUAGAUUCUCUGUCUGACAAACAGACUGUUUUAAAGUGCUUCUGAAGUAGUGCCAGUGUAGUCAUGGCGACACAGACAAACUCUCUCUCAAUCUCUCUCUCCACUUCAAGACAUACCAAUCCCAGUUUGUCUGUCUGAAGAGUCCUAUAUAACUGCUAGAGGUGCGUGUAUGUGCGUGAGUGCGUGUGUGUGCUUGUGUGACACCUCAAAUCCACUUUGUAAAUAGUUAGAAGGGCAUUGAAAUACAUAUAUUAUAAUUGUUAGAUUGUUAUUAUUCAACUUUCUAUAUACUGUAUUUUUGUACAUAUUAUAAAAUACUUUCAAAUUUGGCAUUGUUUAUGUACAGAUGUAGGAUCUUAAUCACCACAUAUUAAUUUACAUAGAGUUACUGAAAACCACUAACACAUGGUUAUAUGAGACCCCCGCCUCGAUUCAUAUGUAACAACAUUUUAAAAAAACUUUUUUUUACAUUGGAUAAAAUGGUGUAUCAUACACUGCAGUUGAGAAAAAUGGGGAAGUAAUUCUGCUUUGAAAGUUGAUCAACUUGUAACCCCACUUUUGAGAAAAUGGCCCUUGAAUGCUUUGGUACACCUAUUGGAGAGCUCUUCUUUGUCUACUCAUAUUCAGAAUCGUUCACACCCUCUUAAGCCUUAGCCCCACCCAUCUCUGUAAGGAUUCACAUGUGAGGCCAUGUGCUAAACAGGGUGAGUAAGGUAGUGUAGUAAACAACCAAAGACGUCAAGACUAAAAGUGGUUUAAGUAGUAGCCUAAAAGAAGGAAAAACUCCAGGUAAAAAUACACUUGAUCUAGUCCUUGGCCUAUAUCCUAACCUAACUUUGAAAGUGUCCAGAUAAUUAUAUUUUAUAAUUAUAAGAGAUUACCCAGACAUUUGUCUAAAUUGAAGGGUCAUGUGAAAUAAAUGCUAUAACCACCCCCCAGACACGCCUAACUAAGUGGAUGGGUCACUACUGUUUGUUCAUGAAAUACAAUAGUUUUCCGAAAUCACCCAAUCAUCGCUAGCGGGAAGGUUCCUGCCUUCUUCCGUGGCUAAAACAACUAGGCUCAUAAUUGAACCAUUUUAUUUGUAUUUACAGAUGGCAUACACAUUUGUUACACACAUGAAAGUUCACACAAAGUACGCAUUUUGAUAAAAAUAAAAAUUCAAAUGCCUCUUAUGUGAAGUAGUGAUGUAUGACAUAUGCCUAGCUUCUUGAAAUGGGUCAUAUACUGUAUGAACAGUAUUGCACUCUACAUGUCCAGCUAAUAGCCUAACCACCGACCAAGCACUAUGGACUAAACAUUCAAAUCCUGUUUCUGCGGGAUAAUUUUGCGAUGACAAACGGGUCAAUUUAAGAUCCUACAUCUGUAGUUUUGUAAAAUCGUAAUUCAUAUGUUGUGGAUUCAGAAGUUCACAUCACUAAUUUCUAUGUGUUCAUGAAGCUGCCUCAUUGUAAAUGAAAGUCACUGACUCUGUGACACGAGUCAUGCUAUUAUAGUGAAAACAGUGUGACUCACACAAAGUUCCAUACCAAAUGAUGAUGGAUAAAAACAUUGAGUUAUACAAUGUCUGUCUGUCUGUGGUAACAAACAUAUUUUGUUUGAUCCAUUGCCAUGGAGUUAUAGUGUCAUCUGAUUGGAUACAUAUGUAUCCUGUUACAUUGUGAGAAUUCCAAUCCUAGCAGUCAUUAUUGAAAGAGAAAGCAAAGGACCAUUGAUGUUUUGUGUUUACUGUAUGUUAUGGAUUUUGUUACUUACCAAAAAUGAAUCUCGUGUCUGAAG